UUAUUCGAAGUGUUGUGUCGGCACGAUAUCAAUUGUACCCGCGUUCGUGUUCGUACUACUCAUAGUCGUAUCGUAGUCGUUUCUAUGAUCACAUCUGUGAAUAAGGCGAGUGGCGAUCGCGCUUGGCAGAUGUGUACCAGUUUAUUUUACCUGCCGGCGAUCAAAGAAAUUGCAAAAUUAUACCAAGGUCCCACUUACCUUUAUUAUUACGAUCACAGGAAUAAGGAAACGUUCGGUCCUAUGUAUGCGAAAUAUGAUGAAGAUAUGGGAGUUAUCCAUGGAGAUGAAUUAAUCAGUAUGUACAAUUGGUCUGAAGUGAUAACACCGGUUACCGAAGGCAUAGAUUUAGUCGUUUCUGAACAAGUGUUGAAGUUGUGGACUAAUUUCGUAGCUACAAGUGAUCCUAAUAACGAUGGAGAACAGAUUUGGAGACCGGUUGAUUCGCCUGAUAUCAAUUAUUUGCAUAUUAAAGGUGGAAAAUUGGAAACAAAAGAAGCUUUCUUGAAGUCAGAGUACGAGUUUUUAGAAAGCGUUUCGUCAAAGCUGUUGAAAUAUGAGUUGUAGAAGAAAUGAUCGUUGCAGUCUUCUCGGCAAUGCAGAUACAUAAUUAGUAUUUUCAUAUGAUUGUUGUUAAUUUUUUUUUUUUUUUUUAAAUGAGAAACACUUGUCGUUUUUUAUUCCAAACUCUUCGUUGUGAUGAUGUUGAACAUUAUCAACAUUACCAUUUGCAUUAAAUCGAUCGUUUCAAAAACUUGAAAUAUGCUUGUAAUAAUUUACCUCCACCCCUCACACUUUUCAUUUCAAAGAUUCAGUUUUUCUUUCAAUUGAAAAAAUUGAUUUUCAUCUUUUGCAUUUUAUUGCGGUCUAGACUGCUUUGAAUGAUAAGAAUAGUGGUUCUCAACAUCUCUUCUCACACAACUAGGGACUUUUAAAAGUACAUACAUUAAAAUAGAAAUCAAUACCGAAAUAUGAUAUGCCGAUGUGUCUUCCCUAAAAUAUGCAAAAUGAAGAAUAAUAAGGUGAUUUCAUUCGUUAUAGGAAAUUUCGUGAUUCGAUAUCAAUCCUAGUUGUGACCUACCUACUUACCUUGAAUAGUAGACAUCUGUUCGCUAUAAUUUUAAUUAAGCGACUUGAGAAGGGAAGCAAUCUGCUGUUAAUGCAUUCGCCAACAUAUCAUCAGUCUUGCGUACAGUUCUCGACGAGUCUAUUACUUAGAUUUUUCUCAAAUAGGUUUCCGCAAUGGUGUGAAAGUUUCGCGAUGAAUAUUUACCGUCAUCUGAAUUUCUUGAUAUGUGUUUCACAGCUCGUAAAUUGUAUAAUACUGGAGACGAAACAAGGUUCGUUGAAAGGUGAAACGCUAUUGAGUCGUGGCGGACGUCCAUAUCAUGCUUUUUACUCAGUUCCUUACGCCGAACCUCCAGUGGGUGAACUUCGAUUUCAAAGUCCGGUUCCACCUUCAACAUGGCAAGGUGUAAGAGAUGCUACUGUGUUACCUCCUCCAUGCAUGUCUGUCACAGAUGACGGUAUGAUGGACGGUGAAGAAGAUUGCUUGUAUUUGAAUGUCUACACGUCAAAGAUUGGGAAUAAUACUCUGUUACCUGUAAUGGUAUUCAUAUUUGGAGGUCGUCUUAUGUACGGUCACGCUCUGCCUAGCAGAUAUGGACCUCAGUACUUUAUGGAUGAAGAUAUUGUCUUGAUUACUUUUCAUUAUAGAUUAGGAGUUUUAGGUUUUUUGAGUACUGAAGACGAAGUUAUUCCAGGAAAUUACGGCUUGAAAGAUUCCAUAGCGGUGCUUCAGUGGGUGCAAAAUUACGUAGAUUCGUAUGGAGGAGAUAAGAGUAGAGUUACUUUGUUUGGCGGUAGUUCCGGUGGUAUGAGCGCUUCAUUUGCUUUGAUUUCGCCUCUAUCUAAAGGUCUAGUUCAUCGUGUAAUUUCUCAAAGUGGUUUCCUUCUUGAUGUUGUAAACCCUGGGAAAGCCACACAAACUGCUUGGAAAUUUGCCUCUUUUGUCGGAUGUAACAAUGAAAAAAUAACUACUUCGGAAGCAUUAUUGACAUGUUUAAAAGAACGCCCAGCUGAAGAAUUGGUUAAAAAUAAUAUUAAUUUCUAUGAAUUCGGCCGUUUAACUCCAUUGUUCCCAUGGUGUCCAGUCAUUGAAAGUGAAAAAGUACCUGGAGCCUUUCUUGUCGACGAUCCACGAAAAUUGCUGAGAAGGAAAAUUGACGUCCCUUGGAUCGUAGGAAUAAAUUCGGAUGAGGGAGGAAUGUUGGCAAUUUAUACUUAUUUUACUCCUGGACUAUCGGUGAACGACGAGUUGGCUAAAAACUACAAGAAAUAUUUCCCAAUGGUGUUUGGUUACGAACAGUUAGCACAAAGCCCCGAACAAGUUGAUAAACUUACUGAAAUUUAUAAAAAUUAUUAUUUCGGCGAUACCGAAAUUCGCGAUAAUGUUCACGCGUUUUCCAAGAUGUGUACUGGUUUAUUUUACCUGCCGGCGAUCAAAGAAAUUGCAAAAUUAUACCAAGGUCCCACUUAUGUUUAUUAUUACGAUCACAGGAAUAAAGAAACGUUUGGUCCUAUGUAUGCAAAAUAUGAUGAAGAUAUGGGAGUUAUCCAUGGAGAUGAAUUAAUCAGUAUGUACAAUUGGUCCGAAGUGAUAAAACCAGUUACCGAAGGCAUAGAUUUAGUCGUUUCUAAACAAGUGUUGAAGUUAUGGACUAAUUUCGCAGCUGCUGGUGAUCCUAAUAAUGAUGCAGAACAGAUCUGGAGACCGGUUGAUUCACCUGAUAUAAAUUAUUUGCAUAUUAAAGGUGGAGUAUUGGAAACAAAAGAAGCUCUGUUGAAGUCAGAGUAUGAGUUUUUAGAAAGCGUUCCGUUAAAGCUUUCAAAGGAUGAAUUGUAAUUGAAAAGAAAGAAAUAAUAGAUGAUUUAUAUGUAGAUAACAUAAGAGAUGAUCACUGAAGUCUGCUCGGCAAUGCAGGCCAUUUUAAAUACUUAUUAUGUACUUCUAAAAUGAAUUACGUACCUACAAUAUAUAGUUAGUAGGUAUUUUCAUAUGAUUAUUAUUGUUUUUAUCCCAAACUUCAAGUUCUGAUAACUUUAAACAUCAUCAACAAUCAACAUUUCCAUUUGCAUUAAAUUGAUCGUCUCGAAAACUUAAAAAUAUGCUUGUAAUCAUUCACCUCUACCCCCUCUCCCUAUUCAUUUUGAAUUUGAUUAUAAUUUAAAGUUUUUUGGUUUUCCAAAAAUAAAAUUUUUUAUUCGGCUUUUUUGAAAAAAAAAAUAAAUAAGAAAAUUGAUUUUGAUCUUUUGCGGUGUAAACUGUUUUGAAUGAUGGGAAUGGUAGUUCAAUAUCGCAUCUCACAGAUCUACUGUGGAAUUUAUCAAUACGUAGGAUGAAUAAUUAAAUUGACCAAGUUGGAGUUGGGCGUCUUUCAUGUACAUCGUCCAAUGUUUACAGCCAGGACCCCAUUUGUGUGAGAAAUUGUAAGGUGGCAUUAUGGCCUCACUGUCCUCUCAGUGCAUCUUAUAACGAUUCUUAAGUUGGGGAAGAUCCUAUAGGACUUGGUAAAUCCAUCCUUUAGGUCUUGACAACUUAGGGAUCGUUUGAUUUAUUAAGGUAAAGUGUAGGUACUUGCAAAUUCGAAUAUUAUCGAAUACCAUUUGGGUGGUCCGGAUAAUAUUCCAUCACAGGGGGGUCCGCGCCAAUAUUAUAAUAUGGGCGGAGAAUUCGCAUAAUUACAUCUAUUUUAUGAUUGGUUAGAAUAUUUCCCCCAUCUCUUUUGGUAAAAGUAGCGCGAGCCUAUCAGCUUUCGAGAUCGAUUUAGGAACUUUUGGGUGCUUUAGGUAUAACUUUAGCUAGGUUCGAUCUCGAAAUCACUUCUUGUUCGUUCGCGGAGUCGUAGCUACGUAAAUUCGGUACCGACCAUAGUACUACAACGAUCUAUGAAUCGUGGACUUGAGCAUUUAGUCCGUUUUCCCUCGACUUAAUCGUUUGAAAACGUAUUCCUUUUCCCAGUUUACCCUUAUUAGGGUUCGGUUAAUUAGUCUCUUCAUUGGUUAAAUCUGGGCUUAAUAAAGCAAUAAACCACUUCAUCUUAGUUGCCCUGUCGUGGAGUUGUGAUUAAUUAAGUUCUUCUUGGUGAAUUCUACGUGAUUAGGCGGUCGAGCAUAGUGUCUCUGUUCUAAUUCGUAAUUUGGUGAAUCUAUUAUUGGUGAAUGUAUAUAUUUGAAGAAAACCUUAUAAUUAAGAGAAUGUAAUUUGUUACACCGAUUACAUUGGAGAAACUAA